GCUAAACCCAAAACCCUGCGAUCCCAUCAUCUAGCUCCUGCCGUUCCCUCUUCCUCAAUCGACACCAUCUGCAAAUGGCUUCGCGCUGCAGCCGAAUUUUCGCGAAGUCUUCUAUUUCUACCCUAAGAUCUGCCAUGCCGAAACCAGCUUCAUUUAAUGCCGGAAAAUCUUCGACGGAGUUUGCAAGGCCCGCAGUCACGUCAAAAUCGGCAUCCACACCCCUCCGCCGCUUCUCUCUGUCUAGAACACCGGUGGAGUUGGGAGGUGUGGCAUCGCUGCUGCCGCUGCACAGCGUGGUGGCUCAGUCGAGGAUGACAUCGUGCCUGAGCUUAUCUUCUAGAAAUUGUCGGGCUCUUUCUCAGGGUACACUCUGCUGCACUUCUCCAGAUCUCUAGCACAUGAGUUUCCAAAUGCAUGAAAGAAAUACCAGAAUUACGAGAGCUGGGUUUGUCAGUUCCAAGGUGAUUUUAUAGAAGAUUUGAUGGGUUCGUCUAAUGGUGAAAAACAAAGGCAGGGUAUCCGUACAUUUGACGGCAUACUUUCACACAGAAGUUUCAAACACUACACUCGCUGGUUUGGUAAUUGGUAUGUACUGUAAUGAAUUUUUAUCUGAAAAUAAAAUUCAAAUUACAGAUUAUGAGAUUACUGAAAGCAGCAUUGCUUUGUCCAAUUCUAGGUCAGUUCUACUUGAUUUUGAUAUUGUUAGCCAUAAAAUUUGAGCCUCACUUUUCUUUCCCUUUUGUUUCUAAUAGUAAUGCUUUUCCUUCCUUGUUGGAACA